AUGGCCAAAUCCUGGCCCUUCAUCUUCUCCCUCCUCCUCAAUCUCCUGCCGUCCAUUUCCGCCCAGCCACCGCCGCUCCCCGGCGACGCCCAAACCCUCCUCCGAUUCAGGUCCUCUCUCACCAACGUCUCCGCAUUGGCCAAUUGGGACCCCUCCGCCCCCAUCUGCGGAGGCGACCGCCGCUUCUGGGCCGGCCUCAUCUGCAAAAAUGGCCAACUGUACGGCCUCCGCCUCGAGACCAUGGGCCUCGGCGGCGCCAUCGACGCCGUGGCGCUGGCCUCUCUCCCGAGUCUCAGGACUCUGAGCUUCAUGAACAACAGGCUGGGGGGCCCACUGCCGGACGUGAAGAAAAUUGGGGCCCUGAAAGCGCUGUAUCUGUCGAACAAUAAUUUCUCCGGCACGAUUUCCGGCGACGCCUUCGAGGGGAUGGGGUCCCUGCGGAAGGUGUAUCUCGGCCAGAAUCGAUUUUCCGGCAAGAUUCCGACGUCGUUGGCGGAAUUAAAGGGGUUGGUGGAGCUGGGAUUGGAGGAGAAUGAAUUUAGUGGAAGAAUUCCGGAUUUUGAAGAGAGGGAUUGGAAGUAUUUGAAUCUUUCGGAUAAUCAAUUGGAGGGGCCGCUUCCUUCUGCCUUCAAGAACUCCAACUUCACUUCAUUUCUUGGAAACAGCGGUUUAUGUGGGGAGCCACUGGCACCAUGCAAUAAUAGAUCUUCCGCAAAGAAGUGGUACAUUCUGAUCGGAGUAUUCUCCGGCGCCGCCGCCUUGAUCCUCCUCCUCAUCAUCCGCCGCUUUCUCCGGUCGUCCAAAUCAUCCGCCGCCGUAUUCGACGACCCAAAGCCCAAAACCAAAUUAUUCUCUCCCAAAAACAUCUUCAAAAAGGAGAGGUCCCACUCCCACCCAUAUUCCUCGACCGACUCGGACGAGAACCCGAAGAAUGGCGGUCCGACCGGGUCGGCUUUGUGCUUCUUGCGAACCGACCGUCCGCGGUUCGGAUUUCAGGAACUGCUCGGCGCCUCCGCCGAAGUUCUGGGCAGCGGGAGCUUCGGGUCGUCUUACAAGGCGUUGCUGGCGAAUGGGUCGGCGGUGGUGGUGAAGAGAUUCCGGCAAAUGAACGCCGUCGGAAGAGAUGAAUUUUACGGCCAUAUGCGGCGGCUCGGCCGGAUUUCGCACCCCAAUUUGCUGCCGCUUGUGGCGUUCUAUUAUGGGAAGGAUGAUAAGCUUCUGGUUUCUGAUUUUGUUGAAAAUGGCAGCUUGGCUAGUCACCUGCAUGCCCGACGAAAACUAGGAGAUCCAGGCAUGGACUGGCCAACUCGUCUUAAAAUCAUAAAGGGAGUAGCCAGAGGCUUAUUCCAUCUCCACAAAGAACUCCCUCACUUGAGCCUUCCCCACGGCCACUUAAAAUCCUCCAACAUCCUCCUCGGCCAACACUUCACCCCAAUGCUCUCCGACUACGCCCUCUCUCCCCUCCUCAACAAGGACCACGCCCACCACCACAUGGCUGCCUACAAGUCCCCGGAGUUUGCUCGCCACGAUCGAGCCUCCAAGACUGCAGACGUCUGGAGCCUCGGCAUCCUCAUCCUUGAGGUCCUAACGGGCAAGUUCCCAGCCAACUAUCUCCGCCAAGGGAAAGGUGCGAACGCCGACUUGGCUGCCUGGGUUGACGCUGUGGUUCGGGAGGAGUGGACUGCAGAGGUGUUCGACAACGACAUGAUCGGUGUCGGGGUCGAUGACUGGGAUGGGGAGAUGUUGAAGCUUUUGAAGAUUGGGAUGUGUUGUUGUGAAUGGGAGGUGGGGAAGAGGUGGGGGUUAAAAGAAGCUCUGGAGAGGAUUGAGGAGUUGAGCGAGAGAGGUCAUAAUUUUGAGGACGAAGAUGAUGAGUAUUACUCUUCUUAUGGGAGUGAGAAAGAUUUGCGUUCUUCCUCUUUUCAUAGGAGAUCAGAUGACGAGUCUUCUUUUUUGAAUUGACUAGAGCUAGAUGAACUUAAAAUAUAUAUUCAACGAUUAUUAGGGAUAGUCAUAUGUGUUGGUUAUAUUCAAUAAUUUUUU